AUAAUCCAAAGUUUCGUGUUAAAAAUUAAAAUGAUAAGAUAUUGAUUAAUGAAUAAAUUGUUUUACUUUAUUUAGUGUUUAAAUUAAAAGAAUAAAGAAAAAGGAAGGAUGUCCGAAAAGCGACAAAAGAGUUGUCUGUUAAUAUGAUGAGAUGACAGUUGCGAGAGUUUAGGAAGCAUUGAAGGAGGAGAAUGUUUCAUAGAACCGAAAAGCUCGACACUCCUCCGCAUCUUGUACACUUCACUGCCAUACACCACCCGACGUCGUCAUGGGGACCCCCAACGGGGAUGUGAGGAAGAAGAAGGAGGAGGAGGAGGAGGCGGCUAAGUUGAUGGAACAGGAAUACCAAGACAAGAAGGAAGAGGAGGAGGAGGAGGAGGAGGAUCUGAAUGCAGUUUGGAGGUUUAGGAUAUCGGAGCCAUUGAGGGAGAGGCUGAAGGGGAAGGGAAUAGAGUCACUGUUUCCAAUUCAGGCCAUCACCUUUGAUACCAUUCUUGAUGGCUCUGAUUUGGUUGGCCGUGCUCGAACCGGUCAGGGAAAAACUCUGGCCUUUGUGUUGCCCAUAUUAGAGUCUUUGACAAACGGUAUAGCCAAAGCUUCAAGAAAGACUGGUUAUAGAAGGCCUCCAAGCGUUCUGGUUCUUUUACCAACAAGGGAAUUGGCAUCUCAGGUUCACUCUGACUUUGAACUUUAUGGUGGCGCCGUCGGAUUAACAUCUUGCUGUUUAUAUGGUGGAGCUCCAUACCAGAGCCAAGAAAUUAAGCUCAAGAGAGGUGUUGAUAUUGUUGUUGGCACACCAGGCCGGAUUAAGGAUCAUAUAGAGAGGGAAAAUAUUGACCUAAGCCAGCUUAGAUUUCGCGUCCUGGAUGAAGCAGAUGAGAUGCUGAGGAUGGGUUUUGUUGAAGAUGUUGAACUUAUUCUUGGUAAGGUAGAGAACAUUAGUAAAGUCCAGACACUUUUAUUCAGUGCUACUUUGCCAGACUGGGUUAAGCAUAUUGCUGCAAAAUUUCUGAAGCCAGAUAAGAAGACAGCUGACCUUGUUGGAAAUACAAAAAUGAAGGCAAGCACCAAUGUUAGGCAUAUUGUUCUUCCGUGCACUACUUCUGCCAGGUCCCGCCUUAUUCCGGACAUCAUUCGCUGUUAUAGCAGCGGAGGACGGACGAUUAUAUUUACUGAGACAAAGGAGUCUGCUUCACAACUUGCAGGUUUCUUGCCUGGAGCAAGAGCUCUCCAUGGAGACAUACAGCAGGCGCAACGUGAGGUUACAUUGUCUGGCUUCAGGUCUGGCAAAUUCAUGACAUUAGUUGCUACAAAUGUGGCAGCUCGAGGUCUGGAUAUUAAUGAUGUUCAAUUAAUUAUCCAGUGUGAACCCCCAAGGGAUGUAGAAGCCUAUAUCCAUCGUUCAGGGCGCACGGGACGAGCAGGUAAUAGUGGAGUUGCUGUUAUGCUUUAUGAUCCAAGGAGGUCAAGUAUAUCCAAAAUCGAAAGAGAAUCCGGUGUCAAAUUUGAACAUAUAUCUGCUCCUCAGCCUCAUGAUAUUGCUAAAGCUAUAGGUAGGGAAGCUGCUGAGAUGAUCAAUCAAGUGUCUGAUAGUGUGAUUCCGGCAUUCAAGUCUACUGCUGAGGAGCUUUUGAAAAACUCCGGUUUGUCAGUUGUUGAAUUACUUGCAAAGGCUCUUGCCAAGGCUGUUGGUUAUACUGAGAUGAAGAAAAGAUCGCUUCUCACUUCCAUGGAGAACCAUGUUACAUUACUUCUUGAGAUUGGGAAACCUAUCUUCACUGCAACUUUUGCAUAUGGAGUGUUGAGGAGAUUCUUGGCCGAAGAGAAGGUUGAGGCAGUGAAGGGUCUCACUCUCACCGCCGAGGGAAGUGGCGUUGUCUUUGAUGUACCAGCUGAAGAUUUAGAUACAUAUCUUGCAGGUAAGGACAAGGCCUCAAGUGUGAGGUUAGAGGUGUUGACAGCGUUGCCACGUUUGCAAGAAAAAGACCAAUCAAGAGGUGGAAGAUUUGGUAGUGGUGGCCCUCGUCGUGGUGGUUUCGGAGAUAGAAGUGUUGGGAGCAGGUUUUUGGGUGGAAGAGGUGGCAGUGGCAGGAAUGUUAGAUUUUCCAGUGACAGAUUCUCUAAUAAUGGUGGCAUUGGGAGAGGUCGUGGCAUCAGGAGUGGAAAGAGAUGGUGAAACAGAUUGAGAUAGGGACUUUUAGACAUGAUGAUCACUACUCCAUUAUCAUUGCCAAUGAACCUGAACCUUGGUGAUCCAUUCAUGAGUAUGUUGAAGCUUUGGAGAAACUAACUGCGAGUGAAGCUCACUCUGAUGUUUUGGAAGAUACUAGUUCAAAGACUCCGUUUGUUUCUGAAAACAGGAUAAGACAAGACUUAGAAUAAGACAUCAAACACAGAGAUAUAAAAUUUUGUGUUCUUCUAUUCUGUUUGGUGAUAAAUUAGAACAAAUUAUGAAAAUCUAAUUUAUUUUCAUUUUUUU